CCCACUGCGUGCCCGGAGUGAGACGCUGUUUGAAACCAAUUCUUCCCCUUUAUCUUUCUCUUUGUUGCUGGUUGUUGAAUCGCUCCGUUUCUCCGCGAUGAGCGCCCAGAUCACCUGUGUCGGCUGGGUGAAGCGAGGCGUUGCCAAGGCAACCCCGGAUAAAGUUGAGUUGAGCCAAGAAGAACUGCAGAGAAUCAUCACUGAGGCUAAAGAGGAGUUGGGGGAACUGGAGGCAGGGGAGGAAGAGGAGGAGGACGAAGGUGUGUCGCUUGAACAAAACGACGCUGCAGGUGCUGAAGCUAUCGAGGAUGAGAACCGCGGAACAAAGGAAGACGAUGAUGAACUGGCAGAGUACGGGCUGGAUAAAUAUGAUGAAGAGGACACAGUGACGGCUAACCUCGGCGACAGUCUGGCAGGACUCACAGUUUACAGCUGCAACGAGGAUGAUCCUUAUAUCACUAUUAAAGACACUGAUCAAUAUGAGCGUGAAGAUUUCCAGAUUAAACCCGGGGACAACCUCAUCCUGGCAGGGAAAGCGGAGAAGGACUGCUGCAAUUUGGAGAUCUUUGUUUACAACUCCGAGGAGGACUCUCUGUACGUCCAUCACGACGUUCUGCUGCCAGCCUACCCGCUGUGUGUGGAGUGGCUCAGCUUCGACCCCAACCCUUCGGAGACGUCAUCGAACUACGCAGCCGUGGGCAACAUGACUCCUCAGAUCGACGUGUGGGACCUGGACGUGGUGGACUGCCUGGAGCCGGUGUUCUCCCUCGGCAGCAAGCAGGCCUCAAAGAAGAAGAAGAAGAGCAAGAAGGCGGCAGCGGCGGCGGCAGAACCCGUGGAGGGACACACAGACGCCGUGCUGGAUUUAUCCUGGAACAAACUGAUCAGGAACGUGUUGGCCAGUGGAUCUGCAGACGACACCGUCAUCCUCUGGGAUAUCUCUCAAGGCAAACCAGCCACGACUCUGCGCAGACACACCGAUAAGGUCCAGACCGUGACGUUCCACCCGUUCGAGGCCCAAACGCUGAUUUCAGGAUCAUACGACAAGACGACGGUUCUGUACGACUGCCGGAGCCCCGACAGCAGCUACCGGACCUGGAGGUUCAGCGGACAAGUGGAGCGUCUGGUCUGGAACCAUUUCUCACCCUGUAACUUCCUGUCCAGCACAGAGGACGGCUUCGUCUACUGCCUGGACGCACGCUCAGAUAAACCCGUGUUCACGCUCAAAGCGCACGAUGAAGAGGUGUCAGGUCUGGACCUCAGCAGCCAAAUCAAAGGAUGCCUCGUCACGUCCUCGGCUGACAAACACGUCAAGAUCUGGGACAUUUUGGGCAACAAACCCAGCCUGGUGCACACACGCGACAUGAAAAUGGGCGUGCUGUUCUGUACUGCCUGUUGCCCCGACCUGCCGUUCGUUUACGCCUUUGGAGGGCAGAAGGAAGGCCUGCGGGUUUGGGACAUCAGCGACGUUGCAGCAGUGACGGAGGUGUUUGGGAACAGGGAGCGACUGGUGGCCCAAACAGCAUCACAGGCUUCCAGCUCUGCAGCCACGUCUGACAUGGAAGUGUCGUAGUGAGGGUCCUGAAGAAAAGCCAACCCGUGAACAUGAACGAACUGAGAAACGCCGUCCAGCCUCAGCGCUUCGCUGCGCAGUCGCAGGUUUCUGGGGAAAGACUUGGAUAUGAUGAGGCUGGAUGCGAUGACUGCAGGCCUGGAGAAAACAGGAAAACAGGAGCUCGCAGUAGCAUCACUUCCAAAGAAAUACGUCAAGCAACAUUUUCAGUUCAUUUCCAAUUUUGAGUUUGCUAUUUAAACUGUUGAUCCUACUUUUGAGUUCUGCUCAAUUUUCUUUUGCCUGUACUAUAAAUAAUGUAUUGUGCCCCACUGAAAACACAGAUUUAUAUUUGGACAUGCAUUCCUGAGUUACGACUAAAAAAACAACCUUAAUAGACAUAAAAAAUAGUAUGUAUUCAAUAAAUACAUUUCAUUAUUACA